AUGGGAAAGAAUCUUGGCGAUUGGGUGUGCCCUGUUAUAACGUGUUCAAAUCUAAAUUUUUCAAAGCGCGAAUUUUGCAAUCGUUGUGGAUUUAAUCGUUCGCAAGGCGGCGGCGCGGACGCACCCCUUUUUAGACACCGCAAGUUCAACGACUGGGUUUGCGAGCAUGAAUCAGCUCCGGGGUCCUUGAGCGAAGUCACCUUGGACAGCCUAUCCGGAUGCACUGUCGCCAUUGAUGCAUCCACUGCUCUGUACCAGUUCACUAUCGCCAUCAGGGAGAACAGCUACUUUUCGUCGCUAACAAAUUCCAAAGGCGAACCCACGUCGCACCUCGCUGGUUUGAUGACCAGAUGUAUCCGGUUGCUUGAGUGUGGCAUAAAACCUAUUUUCGUUUUCGACUCCACUCCCCCCGAGGCCAAGCUCCAGACCCUCGCGAAACGCAAGGAAUUGCGUCAGGAGGCGGAGGCAUCACUUGAGAUAGCAAAGGAGAAUGAUGACAAGGAAAACAUUAAAAAGUUCGUAGGGCGUACAGUUCACAUUUCUAAGGUCGAGAACGAGAGCGCCAAAGAGCUGCUCCGGUUGAUGGGAAUACCAGUCGUUGAGGCGAAAGAGGAAGCAGAAGCACAGUGCGCGUACCUUGUGAAGCAAGGUCUGGCUGAUGCCGUGGGUACUGAGGACGCCGACGCACUGGUAUUUGGCUGUGUCACUCUGUUGAAAAACCUAACUGCCAGCAACAAGAAGAUUUUGAAAGUCGAGUUGGCCAAAGUGCUAGAGCUGCUCGACCUGACUCACACCGAGUUCACUGAUUUUUGUAUUCUUUGUGGCUGCGACUACUGCGGUACGAUAAAGGGAGUAGGCCCUAAGACGGCGUACAACUUGAUUCGUAAGUACAAGAGCAUCCAACGUAUUUUGGAAGUAAAAUCGGAGUCCCUCGAGGGGUACGAGGUAGCGCAGGAGUACUUCCGUAAUCCCCAGGUCAAUCCCGUUGUUGAAAUUCCUCGUGUUGAGCCCGACGUCACGGGGUUGAAGGAGUUUUUGGUCGACAAGAACGAUUUUGCCGAAGACCGUGUCAACAAGUUCCUGGAACGCCUUCUAAAAGCAAAGACCAAAAAGGUACAACUGUCUCUCCGGACGUUCUUCGUGAAGCCUUCUGUGCCUAAAACCGUCUCCCUGAGCACCAGCGGUAGCAUCGACGAUAACGAGAGCACCCCUAAGGUACAAGAAGCGCCCGAAAGUGUACCGUCACCCACCUCUUCCCGAAUCGAAGAUAACGGGAACAGCCCUGUGACAAAGGAGGAACCCAAAGAACACGACAAAAAUGGUAGGUCACGUUUUCUAACAUUCAUAUCGUGCCAGUUAAACGCGUCGAGAAGCCUUCGAUUGGCCUACUCAGCGUGUGCCCGUCGCAUGUGCGCGUUGUCAAGAAGCGAAACGUUCGGUGUUAGCCUAACCUGUCCACAACGCUCUUUUAGCACAGAAAAGGUUGCCAGACGUUUUGAAAAACCUGUUCCGAUUGAUGUUGACGAGGAAGAUGUACCCGAGCACCUCAAAAAGUUUAUCUGCGUGAGCCACUUUGAGCCUAGGGUGACGAUAAAACGCACCAGUCCAAGGGAGAUCGAUGCCGAAUCGGUUGAGUCGCUCGUGUCACACCUCUGCGGUGUGCACCGGGUUUCGCGUAAAGAUUCUGUCACCCCAGAGGAAGAGUGUGCCAUCAGCGGCGAAGGCCUCCUCUGGCCUAAUCCGCUGCUGCAGAACUUUAGGGCUUCCACCAACAAUUUAAGCAACCCUCGUCUGCGUGACCUCUGGCAAUCAAGCUCCAGUCAUGGCAUAUCUUGGGACGCUUUGGACAAGCUGUACAUGACAUUCCGCGAAGCCCGCGACUCCAGCAUUGCAGACUGGGAUAAGCACGCGCCGGAAGUAGCGGAGUUCGCCAGCAAGGUUGCGCGGGAAAAGAUCAAGCGAUGGAUCAAGGAUAGCAACGCAUGCCCACCUCGUCUGCUACGGACGUGGACGCACCUGCUCUACACUAGGUGGCGUGAGCGCUACCUUCACAUUUACAGCACUCGCAUGCUUUCACGCUUUUUGAAGGGCGAGAUCACCGAUCGUGUUCUGAUUCGGGAGUUAAACGAGUGCACGGGCUCUGAUACACACUGCUCAGAGUUACCGUUUUCCACCGAGGCGUCGGAGCACAACCCUCACUUCGUGCACCGCGUCGCUAAGGGCGUUUCGGGCGACUAG